UGUCUUGGUAAUUAUGAGCAAGCACAUUUUUAUUUAGAUGAAGCCAUUAAAUUAAACGGAAAAAAUUCAAUUGCUUGGUAUAUUCAUGGAGAAAUGUAUUUCAGAGAAAAUAUGUAUGGAAGAGUAAUAGAUUAUUUAAGAUAUCGGGAGUCUAAUAUUAAUAAACAAUAUAUAAUACUUGGAAACACAAGAAAAUUAUUUAAAUACACUGGAAAUGUUGGAUAG